AUUUAACAGCGUGGUGAUAUUCGUUAGCUACGAAAUCCCAACUGGGAAAUGAAAUUUCACUUCAAACGUAAGUGUAUAACAAGCGCAAAACGAUACAUCCAGGAAAAAGAAAAAGGAAGUCGGAAAACUUUCGACGACGAGUUUGGAAGUCAAGGUAUCCCACGGGGAAGAUCGGUAUCGUUAACUCCGGGUAUCGUGAUAGUUCCCGCAGCUUUUUGCAUUAUCACCCCCACCGUCCUUGCGCUCGCUUCCUCCCCGCUGUCUGCAGCUGUUCCCCGAGCUGUUCCCCCUACCGUUCUUCCCUACCUCUCUCCGACUUCUCUUUCUCCUCUCUGCUCGUAGUGCACCGCGACGAUAUCGAACCGCGGCUCGUCGCCGUAGUGCGAGGUGCGCACGCGUUCCCGGUGUAUGUCCCCUCGCCGAAGGGUUAUCCUUCGUGAUCCUGAUUCCGUGUCUACCUGCCGGUGACCGCCGCAGGUCACUCCGGAGUCCGGAGUCGCGGCCCCCCUUCGGAACGCCGUCGAAUCUCUCGCGCACGGGGGGCUUUCCUCGUGUGGCGUCAUCGCGCUCGCGAGGGAGUCCCUCUUCGACGACGACGACGAGGAGGAGACCGUCCGCUCCUAGAUACGACGCCUUAGCGAGCGGACGCCUCGCGCGACGCGCGAACCGGGUCUCCUAAACGCGAACAAGUGAUCGCUCCGCUCCGAAAAAAAUCCGCUUGACGUGCGUGCAUGUGCAUGUGUGUGUGUUGAUCCAGUGGGUCGUGGGACAGUCGCGGGAGCUCUCGUUUUGCGGUGCCGCCGGGAAGCGCGAAUCCUUGAUCCACGGCCUGCCGCGAAUUAUGCGAGGUGACGUAGCGUGACGUUGAGUGUUCGGCCAAGUCCAGCUGACUGAAGCUGACCGGCGCGGCGGACCGUCACGUUUAGCGAUACGAUAAACGCGACCGCUCUCGAGGAUAUCCCCCGCGAGGAAACCAACUCCUGUUCUUACUCAAGCCAACAUCGAGAGCUCCCGGGAAGGCUGAACGGGGUCCUCGCGCUGAGAGAGACUCGUUAAACGCGCGGCCAAUGACCCGCGCGCGAUCGCCAGGAGGUGACGGACGAUCCGGUUGAGGAAACCGGGCCGAGGAUGGCCUCCUCGUCGACCGAGGCGUCGAAGGGCGCCCGGAGGCGCACCACCGGCCUGCCGACGCGCGUCCGCGUCCCCGCGAGCCUGGAGAACGGCACCGAGGAUGGACGCGACGACUCCGGCCUCUCGUCCGAGAGCUCGACGCCCACGAACGGAUCGCCGCCACCGCGGCAACCCAGGGCGCCGAGCAACGGCCGGAUCAUCUCCACGGGCAUCGGCGUCGCGGCCUCCUCCUCCUCUGCCGCGGCCUCUUCGCGCGCCAAGAAUAGUCCCGGAAGAAUCGGAAGCGACAGGAUGUCAAGGCUGUUACGCAGCAGAUCGGGAACGGAAUCGCCGCGUUCGUUAGACAACAUGCGAAACCGUCAAGUUUCUAGUCCUAUGAGAACGUCGGGAAGUAUGUCAUCCUCGUGCGUCGAUUCCGGAGACGAGGCCAGCCUCAGGAUAGACCGCGGCACGUAUCAGUACAUGUUCCAGGACAUCGUCUCCAUAAAGACGAUGCUCCUGAAACUCAAGCGAGUCCUUCAGGAGACGGAAACUCUCAACCCAUUCGAUAAUCCGAAGAAUGGCCUCUUCUGUAACCUGAACGAGGAUGGAGGUAACACGAUCGACGUGAGUACGUCACCAGGCAGCGGCGGUAGCAGUAUCGCGGACGAACUGGCGGAUCUAAGGCGGCAGGUGGUGUUCCUUCAGGGGCAGGUGGAAGACCGAGAUCGUACGAUACAAGUGCGGGAUCGUACCAUCGAGCUACUUGAGCUCCAGAUGUCGAAGCUUCAAGGCCCUAAGAACGGCGACGUUCAAAGCUGUACUCUGCCGACGCGCAACAACAACGUCUCCUCCGUGGACACUUCUAACGCCGCCACGCAAACGGAGAAGACACGUCCAGUGUCGGCGGGACCCUCGCUCCUACAGUCACUCCCGCAGGACGGUGUUAUGGGGCCUCUCGUUAGUUGGAGUGACUCGUCGGACCGUCAGCGACCAUCACUGCUCUCCGAGCUUAACUCCGCCGGGAGCCAUCGCAAGCCAAUUGAACGUUUACCUCAUACGCUAAGACUCCGUCAGGAACAGACCUCGACACGUCGCGUCAACGCGCACUCGAGAAGACACUCGUCGGAGUGCGUGUCCGGCUCGCCCACCAAGCCAAAGGACUAUGCGAAACCACCGUGCGAUUUGAACGAAGCGGAGCAACGCGACACCAAGAUAGAAGGAAACACGAUUUACACGUGGGUCGGCACUCUCCUCCUGGCGAUCAAUCCCAACGGCGAGAUCCUCACCGAUAACAUUUACGAUCUGUCCGGAGCUCAUGAAUAUGACAAUAUAUGUGAUGUGACGCACAAGGAAGUAUCGCCUCACAUAUUCGCCGUGGCUGCCCGAGCGCGCUACAGAAUAGUUCAGAAUCUUGGGAAACCCAGCCAGGUGAUAGUCUUGAGUGGAGAGACCGGAACGGGAAAGACCUUCAACGCCUGGAAGGCGCUGAAAUUCCUGACCAGAAGCAUAUCCCCCGACGCCCGUGAGAGGCGAGACGCGGUUUGCGGUAUCGUGCGGAGGAUCUCGGACGCCUGCCGUUUAAUAUCAGCCUUCACAACUGCGCCCACCGAGAGGAACGAUGUCAGCUCGAGGCACGUGCAAGUUGUGUGGCUCGAGUACAAAUUGGGCGGCAUUUGCGGCGCGACGGUAUCCUCCUACCUCCUGGAAAGGGACCGAGUCACGAGGGGCUGCUGCAAUUUUCAGAUUUUUGGUCAGAUGAUGACUGCGGUAGCGAGCAUAGAGUUCGCCGACACCGCAUUGUCGAGGGAUAGGCAAUACUUCAUGCUGAGCGACUUGGAUUCCCCGAGAGCGCGGGAGUUGCACGAGGCCGGCUACCGCGAGACCCUGAGGGCGAUGGAUAUGCUAGGAUUUACGGAGAAUCAGAAGAAGGACAUCUUUCUCGUUCUCUCCCUGCUCAUUCACAUGGGUGACAUACAGUUCGAGCAGGAGGACGAUCACUGCAGAAUUAAUACCUAUGAUCGACAAUCUAGAGAAGCCCUGAAGAACACAUGCCGACUGGCCAGCGUCAAUGAAGAGGAUAUCGUCGCGCUGCUCACGUCCACGUUGAUAAAUCCUCAAGGUACUCGGCGCCGACACAUCGCGUGCCGACGUAAUCUCAAUACGAGCGAUGCCUGUCGCUAUCGGUUGCACAGCAUCAUCCGCCACUUGUACGAUCUUCUAUUCCAAUGGCUGAUCAACUCCGUGAACGAGAUCCUGUCCGCUCGUUUAUUCAGCGAACGAUUGGGAAUAUUGGAUAUCUUCGGAUUCGAGUGCUUUGAUUCGAACGGCAUCGAGCAACUUUCUGUUAAUUAUGUCAACGAGAGAUUGCAGCAGUAUUUUGUGGAAAAGUACCUGGUGUCCCACCGGAAUGAACUGGAAAAGGAAGGCCUCAUCGGUGACGAGGAACCGUCGGAAAUCGGGCGAUCGUACGAAGAUCGCUUGAACACGAUCGAGAAAUACUUGUUCACUACUCUAAACGAUAUGUGUCUAUCGACGGUUCCGAACAGCUGGUCCACGUUAAUGCGCCAAGUGUGCGCUAAGAGUUGUCCCGUAACGAGGCGAUUUUUGAAAGUAAAGAAUGAAAAUUUCGUUGUACGGCAUUACAGCGGUGCCGUGGAAUAUUCCGUUCGCGAUCUGCUUUCGAAGAAUACCGACAAGAUUCCGGACGAGAUAAUCGCGACGUUCAGCGUGAGUAGGAACAAAUUUCUGUAUUCCUUAAUCAACAAAAGUAAGCCGUAUCACGACGGAAAAGCGAAGAAACCUACGACGCUUUCCAAACUGCGAUAUAACGUGGACUUGUUGAUAGAAGAGUUAAACAAAUGUGACGCGCAUUAUGUUCGCUGCAUUAAGCCACAGCGGAUUAACAUCCACGAGUGGAACCGAGACGAGCUUCGCAAGCAGUUGGCUGACACGGGUAUUCUUGACGCUUUGCCCCUGGCCAGGUGCAGAUAUCCGAUCCACUUUGUCUACAAAGAUUUCCUCAGACGCUACAAUAGGAAACGCGCGGAAACCUGCGAUUUACGUACCGUUUGCAAAAAUAUACUGGAGUCGUCCCGCCUAACAAUGGAUGACGAUAACUCAUCGGUUUAUUACGGGAAACGUUUGAUUUUCUUGAGAGAAUCCAUGUUUCUGCGAUUAGAAUCAGCCAGAAGGCGAUAUCGCGCCGAAUGUGUCAAGAAGAUAGAAUCUUUUUGGAUAAAGCACAAUAAAUAUACGCAACAAAGUGUGGAGGCGGAUGUAGCUGAUGAUGUUCGCACAAUCGUUGACACAAAUAUUCGAAAUAAGUUGAUUGAGAAUUCUCAAUCAAAACGUGAACAAGUCGUGCCUAUAUUAGGAAUAAACUUAUACGUAAAAAAGCUAGCUAUAAUGCAGUCGCAAGAUAGAAAAGAUAAUACGGCCAAUAAUGCUAAUAAAGCAAUCGUUACAGUCGAUACUCGACACGAGAAAUCCCAAUUCGAGAAAUCCUUGAUGGAAUAUGAGAACGCUGUACCAAUACAAGACAUUCCGCGUGUCGUGCCAGGAGAGCUGGUGAUAAAAGUAGCAAAAAACACCGCAUAUGUAUUGCAUUGGUUGGAUGGUGUAAAUAAAGCGAUAGAUACGAAAAAUAUUAAACCCUCAAUAUUAGAACUGCUGCGAGAAGAUCAGGAUUACCAAUCAGUUGAUGUCAAUUGCAGUAAGGAAAUUCAAUUACGAGAUGCAUCGCAAAAAUCCUCAAAUAGUAAUAAGUUUCGUAAUCGAAACAGAUGUGAGAAGAUUUCCGGAUGUUAUGACGAGAAGGAAGAUAUACACGUCAUACAAUACGGCAAUUUUACGCUAUUUUACAAAAAUGGAAUUUUAAGUCGACGCCGUCUGGCAAGGGUAAAUAUCAUAAAUUGGAACUAUGAAGAAAAUUAUAAAAUUAACAAACGUGUUUUAUUAUCUUUUAGCUGCCAGUUAAAAUACAUACUGGUCUCAAGCAUGUAAUCAAUACGGAGUUACCACAGGGUCUACAGGAUUGUCUUUAAAAAGAAGAUCUGUAUAAAUGUAACUCGUAAGAUUUAGGAGAGUCCCCAUACUCUCGCCACACUGAGCAUAUAUACACAUACAAAUAAUUUUUACAUAAUUUAUAAAAUUAAAAAAAAAUUUCAUUUAAUUUAAGGUAAAAAGUUUACGCAGAAACUUUCAGGAACUUCUUUUGUCUCGACUGACGUGGAG